UGACUCUGUACUUAUUUUCUGUGGCUGUCUGUUAAAUUGUAAGAUCAGCUUUUAUUGAUGCAUUAACAGAUAAAGUUAACAGGAUAGCAUGCGACGUGAACACAGAUGCCGGAUAUAAAGUGUGUGAUCGUCGGGGACGGGGCUGUGGGAAAAACAUGCCUUCUGAUCAGUUACACCACCGGUGCUUUUCCAAAGGUGAUUGUCCCCACUGUGUUUGAGAAUUUUUCUUCCAGUGAGACUGUUGAUGGGAAUACAGUGAACCUGAGACUAUGGGACACAUCAGGGGUGGAGGAAUAUGACAGGCUUCGACCACUUUCCUACCAUCAGACGGAUGUGGUUUUGAUCUGUUUCUCUCUUGUGAGUCCAGCCUCAUUUGAGAAGGUCAGUGAAAAGUGGUGUCCAGAGGUCAGACAUUUUUGCCCCAGUGCUCCGAUAGUUCUCAUUGGGGCUAAACUUGAUCUGAGAGACGACAAGGACACCAUUGAACAGCUGAAAAAGAAAAAACAAAACCCCAUCACAUACCCUGAAGGCCUGGCAAUGGCCAAAGAAAUAGGAGCUGUGAAGUACCUGGAGUGCUCAGCAUUAACACAGACUGGCAUUAAGACCGUAUUCGAUGAAGCCAUUCAUGCGGUUCAACACCGGUCCUCAGCGAAGAAAAGACAGAGAAAGUGUUUAAUCCUCUAAACUGAUUGAACACACACCAGCUGCAAUCUCAGAGCUGAUGGGAAGAGACUAUGAGAGGCCAUUCAGGAAAUAAUGCAUAUUGUAUGUAUUGUGUAAAAAUGCAUUGGUUUACAAGUAGAAUGCAUGCUUUAAUGACAAACCCAUUGGUUAUAUUUUUUUUGACCUAAUACACAUUUGAUUGUUAAUUUUUACAUCAGUUUGUUAUAUGUUGAAAUGUUCAAAUAUGUACUGCUAAGGAUACAUUGGUUUGCUAAUGGAGUUUAAUAUCACAAUUGCUUUAGUUGUCCAAAUAUUCUUUUACAUGAAAAUAAGGGUACCUAAUAGACAAAGUGCAUAACUUGCAUAUGAUAUACAAAAAUAAAUGAAUUAAAAGUCCACUGCCCUUUCCAUAAAGUAGUAUACUUCAAGUUUAUUUUAUUACGUAUACUUAAGUAAAGUUAAAGUAUACUUUACGUAGUAAGUAUGCAAAUAUCAGUGCACUAGUAGUAUACUAUUUAAUAGUAAAUGUACUAUUUCAAUACUCCUUGGGACUAAAUUGGCCCACUUUGUAGUAUAUAAAAGUAUACUUUUAAGUAUUUAAAGUAUUUAUUUUGUAAAUAGGAUACAGAAUCUCUAAGAUCAACCUUCAUCUUCCCACUUUAUUAAUGUCCUAAUUACUUUAUUAACGCUGUUACAUUAAGUAUUAAAACAAGUCCAGCUACGCUUAUAAUAACUAGAUCUGGCAACAUGGUGGAGUGGAGGCUGCACUUGCGCCAAGCUCCUUCACUCUUGCGUUUCGCAGCUGCUGCGAGUCAGCCACAUGACUUUAUUCAGCGACAUGAUUUUAAAUCAUUUUUCAUAUGUUUUAAAAUUUUAUUUUUGAAUGUGAAACAUUUACGGAGGUCUGGACCUCAUAGCUGGCUAUGGGCCUGGAUGUGUAAAGUGAAUGAGUGUAAACUAUAGCCUAUAUGAAUGAAAUGAGCGCAAAUCAAUAGCUGCGUUGGGGUCUAUGCGCAUCUCUCAGAAAUCAAAGCUUUGUCUGGAGUUAUAUCAGCUCGACAAAAAUAUCCUAAAAACGGUUCUAACUUCAAACCUUUUCGAAAUCCAACUGUAAAAAAAUGCAUUACAUUAGCCCUUUUUGAGAAUGGCAUUACAUUUAAUUAUACAAGACGAAGAAAAGCGAUGUUUGAUCAAGGCUUUUGGAGGGUCCAAAUGAUUUGUUGCGCUCUGUUGAUAAAAAACUCGUAAAUGAUCACAGACUCCCGCAACACAUGAUCUAAGUUACUAAGUUACACUUUCUUUCCAUUUCUAUUUUUUUUCAGGUUCUUUUUUUCUACUAGUGCUCUUAUUUAAGAUUGUGGAUGCUUGUCUCUUGUCAAAU